GGAAUAGCGAGGAGGGAGGAAGAAGGGGGCGGCUCUGGUUUUCAGAAAUUCCAUAUUCCUCUGAUCCUAACAAAAGACAAGAAGACAAUGACGACAAACACAACCUCUUGCAUUGUCGCCAACGCAGCCAUGGAAAAGUCCUCCACCUUCAAGACAAGAGCUGCUUCCCUUCCAAUUGGCUCCGUCCGCUAUAUAACCCUAGAACCCUCCUCUCCCCACAGGAGGACUGUUCCAACCCCACCCUUGCCCGAGGAGGCCACUAAUUUCCCAUGGAUUAGCCCCUUCAAGCAACUCUCGUCUCCCAAGCUCCGAAAUUUCCUUGGGGCUUCUGCUCGGCCUGAAGCCCACUGGAAAUCCCAGAUGGGAAUUUGAAGCUGCUGCUUCAGUGGUUCAGUUAUUCGACCGACGACUGAGCUGUCGACGUUCACUUUCUCCGGCAGUGGCCCUCCUGAAGCUCACUGUUGUAUAUCUCGGCUUCGGGUGGCGGGAAUGGUUCAGGACGAGGGGUCUUCAUCGGUGACUUCAUCCCCACUUCAGUACUUCUCCUUGAUGUCACUGUCUCCUGGGAUCGGGUCCCCCUACCCUUGGCUCAAAGAACUCAAAUCCGAGGACAGGGGUUUGUACCUGAUCCAUCACCUUCUUGUAUGUGCCAAUCACGUAGCUUCCAGUAGCAUCGACAAUGCCAACCUUGCACUCGAGCGAAUCUCUCUCCACGCCUCCCCUGAUGGGGAUGCGAUGCAGAGGAUCGCCGCCUACUUCACCGAGGCCCUUGCGGACCGAAUCCUCAAGAACUGGCCUGGUCUCCACAAGGCCCUUAACUCCACCAAGAUAACUUCCAUCACUGAGCGGAUUCUCGUACAAAAACUCUUCUUUGAGCUCUGCCCCUUCUUGAAGCUCUCCUACUUGAUCACCAACCAAGCCAUAUUAGAAGCCAUGGAAGGGGAGAAGAUGGUCCACAUUAUCGACCUCUAUGCCUUUGAACCUGCACAGUGGAUCAAUCUUCUUCAGUCAUUGAGCACCCGGCCCGAGGGGCCGCCGCAUUUGAGAAUCACGGGCAUUCAUGAGCAGAAGGAGGUGCUGGAGCAGAUGGCCUUUCGAUUGACUGAAGAGGCUGAGAAGCUGGAUAUCCCCUUCCAGUUCAAUCCCAUCGUGUGCACGCUUGAGAAUCUCGAUGUCGAGAGCCUGCGGGUGAAGACAGGAGAAGCCCUUGCGAUAAGCUCGGUCCUUCAGCUGCAUUCCCUAUUGGCAAUAGAUGAUGAGAUGCAGAAGAGGAGUUCGCCACCUUCUGCAUCCAAGAGUUUGAACUCUAACAAUUUACAGAGAGUCCUCCAUAUGAAACAGCGGACUCUGGGAGAGUGGCUCGAGAAAGAUCUGAUCAACAUAUAUAGCCCAAGCCCAGAUUCGGCAUCUGCAUCCUCACCAUUAUCCCUGAAUGCAUCCCCCAAGAUGGGGAGCUUCUUAACAGCCCUGUGGGGCCUGUCCCCCAAAUUGAUGGUGAUCACUGAGCAAGAGUCCAACCAAAACGGAUCAGGCUUAAUGGAACGGGUCCUGGAAGCACUGAAUUUCUAUGCUGCGAUGUUCGAUUGCUUGGAAUCGACUAUCCCAAGAGCAUCGGUUGAGCGGCAGAGGGUUGAGAAGAUGCUCUUCGGGGAGGAAAUCAAGAACAUUAUUGCCUGCGAGGGGGUGAAGAGAAGGGAGAGGCACGAGAAGCUCGAGAAAUGGAGCCUCAGGCUCGAAUUAGCGGGCUUCGGGAGGGUUUCUCUGAGUUACAGUGGAAUGUUGCAGGCAGGAAGGUUGUUGCAGAGCUAUGGGUUCGAUGGAUAUAACAUAAAAGAGGAGAAUGGUUGCUUCUUCUUGUGCUGGCAAGAGAGACCUAUGUUCUCGGUUUCAGCAUGGAGGUUUAGGAGGUAUGACUAGUAUUAAAGAUCAUGUCGAAUUUCUGUUCUUUUUUUUUUUUUUCUCCUUCUGUUUCCCAUUUUUUCCUACUUAUCCUUUGUGUAAAGAAACUCGAGGUUGCUUACUGCCCAAGAGCGUGAAUAGUGGACCGAGGAAAAUGUUUGAAGAUGAA